GUGCUAGCACUGUAGUGUCCUCCCCCAGAGGGGAAUCCCGCCCAGCUAACCACGGCAAUCAGCUGCUUUCUCCCAAGAAAACACUUUUGUCGCGGGCGUCUUCGUUACUACUACCUUUCUUCCUUCACUCCGCCAAAUCCCCCAGCCUGCCUUUUACGUCGACUGCUGGCCCUCUACAUCCACGCUGCCUCGGUUUUUCUUGUCCGCUACGCUCGUCUCCAUCAGCAGCGGCUUGAUCCUCAUAUUUUAUUUGCUGCAGCGACCGAGCGAACCAUCCGCCUCGACGACCCCUCUCUGGCUACGCUUUUUCGCUCGUCGCCCGCUUCCGAUCCGGCAGCACACACUCACCUCUGGGCGGCUCUACUUGUAGUCUUUCCAUGCAUACUGCCGCCACCUCAACAAAGAAACAGCAUCGAUUUUCGCACAAAAAUCAUCACAGCCGCCGUCCCGUCAACUGCGCUCGGAUGGAAGAUGACUUCGAAAUGAGCUCUGGCGGCGCAUCCACGUCCCGCGCGGACGCCGCCCGCAAGGAGCUCACUGCCUCUGGCAACAGCCUGCUCGGCAAUCCCCUCUUCCCGCAAUUCCAGCAGGGCGAGCAGGCUCCUCCGUCUACCAUUGAGCAGAUGCAGGAACAAGAUCCCCUUGCCGCACAGGUCUGGAAGUUUUUCACAAAGACAAAGCAGCAGCUGCCAAAUGCCCAGCGCAUGGAGAACCUGACAUGGCGCAUGAUGGCCCUGAGCAUGCGAAAGCGCUCCCAAGAUGAACAAAAAGCCGCUCGAUCCGCAAGCGUUCAGUCUGGUCCUAGCGGGAUUGCUCAAUUGCGCAAAUCCUCUCAAGUGGCAUCGAUGCAGCAGACUGCUGACCAGAUGAACAUUGAUGAUUUCGUCUUCUCCGAGGAAGCCGGUACUCCGGCAGGCAUUGAAGAAGCCUUCCAGGAAGACACCCAAGACCAAGGCAUUCCGAUCAAAGCAAGAAAAGAACAGACCAACCAAUCCGAAUCAUUUGUUCCCACGUCUGUACCACAACAGCGUGAGAUGACGGAUGAGUUUGGAUACAUCAAGCGACAUCAGCGCAAGACGAGCAUCGACGAUCGACGAACCCGAAAGCGACCUGCCAACUUUUCUCCUCACGUUUUGGCCGCCAACAGCUCUGCCGGCAAUGUUAACUCUGAAAUGGACACUGAUGCUGAGUUGGCAGGAUACUCACUUGAUGGCACAAACAUGAACAUGUCACAGCCCUUCCAAGGCCACAAUACCUUUGGGCUUGAUUUUAUGGGCCAGGAGCACAUGAUGGGAUCGGCCCAGUUCCAGCAACAGAACUUUGGUUUCUCGCCUUCUACCUCCCCCAUGGUCACAAAUGGCCCUCUUGGCAACUACGGCAACUUCACGAUGCCUUCGUCCCUCAAUACCGACUUCUACUCUCCGCCUGCGUCCGCAUACCCCUCCACCGUCUCGACUCCUCACCCACUCCCCGAAAAUGAUAGCUUCUUCUUCAACCCACAAGACCCUCGACAGCGCCAGCAAGGAUUUCCGCAAGCGACCAACAUGCCUCAGCAGUUUUACGAUGCUAGUGGCAACAACAUGUACCCGACGUCUGGACCCGGUUCUGAGUCUGCUUCGGCUUUCAACUCAGCGCCAGGUAGCUACGCUAACAUAGACCCCUCACAUGUUCAAAACAAGGGUACUAAUAUGGUCUCUCCUGGAGCACCGAUGGGCCAGGAGGGCGGUAUGUUUUCCUUGGGCGAUUCAGAUGACGACGAGAACAACCAGAGCAAGAUGCAGGGUGAUUUCACAUCGGCGAUGGAGGACAACUCAACAUUUGGUUGGGACACUUCGCUACCUGGCCAGUUCAGCACACAGUCUGCUCGCUAUCCCGGCGGGCCUCCACGAAAGCAGGUCGUCAUUGGUGGGACGACAACAGACUAUGUCGAAAGCUCUGGCGAAUCGGGACUGCCUCGAUCGCAGUCAUUCAAGGCAUCUGACCAACGAAAAGCAAAGUUACCCCGCAAUGCCUCCACACCUGCACACCUGGCUAAUGCUGCCAACGGAAUUGACCAGCUUGGCCAGUCGCUACCCACUUCACCGAAUGGCGAUGUGGCUGGGCCCAUGUCCGGCUUCUCUUCUGUAGCUCAUAGCCGACAGUCAUCACCGCCAGGCUCCAAACACGGCUCAACGACGAAUCUGCAGGCUGCUGCAGGUAAUGCGGCACCCGGCGAUGCUAGCGGACCUACAACGUGUACAAACUGUUUUACACAAACAACGCCUCUGUGGCGCAGAAACCCAGAAGGCCAGCCUCUUUGCAACGCAUGUGGUCUAUUUUUGAAGCUCCACGGUGUCGUUCGACCCCUCAGCUUGAAGACUGACGUCAUUAAGAAGCGAAACCGUGGCUCUGGCAACAACGCGACUCAAGGAGGUGCGCGCGCAAAGAAGGGUACUAGUUCCAACGCUGCAUCUCGCAACAAUUCGACUCUUUCCAUGGCCACCGCGGGCCAGACAUCCUCUACCAACUUGAAUAGCCAGCGAUCCGGGGUGAAGGGCGAAAGCCCCAAUUCAGCAACUGCCUCAGGCCCAGCUCCUGGGCAAUACACUAACUUUGCCACUGCUAGCGCUGCUGGUGGCAAAGGUGUAAUCCCAAUCGCAGCAGCCCCUCCCAAGUCAACGCCUGGCCCUGGCGCAUCAUCCAUGACUCGCCCUGGACCACCAGCGUCCUCCAAGCGACAGCGCCGACACAGCAAGAGCGAUGGUACUAACAUGGGACCGGGUAUGGACCUUGACAGCCAAAAUUCCUUUGGAGACGUCUCCCGCCCGCUGGCCCCAACUCCAAGCAUGCCAUCCAUCUCCACAACCAUGAUGUCAUAUGGCAUCGGCCAAAGUGGGAUGGGUGACGGCUCACAGGGGCAGAACAUGAACAACGGCGGCGGGACUGCUGGUCAACAGGAAUGGGAAUGGCUCACCAUGAGUCUGUAAUGCUGCGAUGGCUAUUCAUGACGAGGUAGAGGCGCAGGUUUCUCUUCUACCGCUACGACACUCUUCUUUUUCAACUUUUUUUCGACCCUUUGCUAUGCUGGCCAGACGCCACACAUUCAUGUCGACCCAGCACCUACCAAUUCUCGACAUACACGACAAACCAACUUUUUAGACUGGAGAUUGGGUUGACGUAUUGAAUCUCUUAAAUUGGAUGGGAUGGGGCGUUUUUAUUUUCCCCACUUGCGUUAUUGGUUACUGUUUUUUUGUUUUUAUUUUAUGCGCGAUACCUUGGCGCAAUCUUGGGCAUGAUCGAAGCUUGCCCAGUUUGCUGCUACUAUUCUUGUUUGCGGAUUCGGCCCCAUUGUGGACAUGGAAAUGUCUAGGUUUAUAUUGUCAAAUCUCUUUUUGUAUACACUCUGUAAAUGGGAGAGGGGAGGCGUCUUAUCUGGGUACUUUUUGUUUGGAUCGCUCCCAUCAGCCAUACCAGCUCGUGGGAGGAGAACACUAUAAUUGAACUACUUUGAUGAUACAAGUCACUACAAAUAGCCGUAUAGUCCUACAACCGCAUUUUCAUCACCCUUUUCUUCACAGCACACGUAGUAUUGGAUGCAAGAAAGUGUAAUCAUAAGAGUGUUGCUUUUGUGUACUUGAACAAAAGAAGACGCAAAAAUACGUAGUGAUGGCAUAAGAGGGUAAGGAAACAAAAAGAGGUGACAGGUGGGCUGUCACAGCCGAAAAUAUUAAACGGAAUAAUGAAUAUGAGACCAAUGCUGGAGUUUCCAGAAACAAUGAAAAAAAAAAGACAAAGAGAAAUAAAAAAGUGCAAACAAAGAAUCCCGUCAACGAAAGAAAAAAGAACCCCAUCACCAGAAACCUGUAGCCAGAAAUCUAUGCAUCAUACCCCCACCAUUUCCCACAUCUCCGUUGCGUGUCUGUCGUUUACGAGUUUUUCACCACAAUAGCGCGUGUUAUCAUCGAAGAGAGCACCUCGGUCCGGACAGUCUGUGUCCGUAGCAUUGUUGGUAGAGAUCAUUACGCGAGCACAAUGGCUCGCUCUAAAAGAUUGUGCCGAAUGCGUCGUCGGUAGGGAUUCGCUUGCGCGGGCUACCACCGUCUUCGGUCAUGGGCUUGCGGUGGCGGAAUGUGAAGCCGACAAAGAGGCUCUUGCUCAUUUCAUCUUCACGAUCUGCCAUGUCUUCGAGCGCCUGCUGCUUGUCGUGCACCUCCUUGUACUUGGCCAUGUCAGCCUCGUUGGAGAAGUCGUCAAAGUAGCCGGCAUCUGUCUCCGAGUCCAGCUCGGGAACAAAAGGUGCUCGUGUUUGGCGCAGGGUAUCCCACUCCACCUCGGCGAAGUAGUGGUGUUCGUAGAUAUCCUUAAUAUUCGAGAAGCGGCGGGUACGGGAGUUGAUGCAACUGU